AUGGUCAAUUGUAUGACGCUUUUCAGCGCAGCAUUUCUAUCGUUCGCAGCUGUGAUCCUGGCUUGUGUGGCCUGUGCAGGAUCCACGAAAAACUACAAUCCGAUAAAUCAGAUCUUUCAAGCCCAGCUGGACUUCACAAAUCUCAAAGUUUCAGAGGUGCUUUCUGAUCUCUCGUCGUCACUUUCCUCGCUCGACGAUCUGGGACUUCCCUCCUACAUUAACGUCGGCCUGUGGUCGUAUUGUGUGGGCAAUUCGUCCAAAACAAUCACCAGCUGCACGUCUCCCUCGGGAAUCCAGCAAUUUAACCUCCAAGAAGUCAUUUAUGACAAUAUCGACAACAACCAGGCUGCCCAGCUGAUCACCAGCGUCGCCCAAGUCGCCCUCCCCGACAAACUGCAAAAUAAUCUCACCUACUACAACAACCUGGUCAAAUGCAGUUUCAUCACGCUGAUUAUUGGGAUCGUCGCUAGUGGCGUCAAUUUCAUCGCCAACGUACUACGAUGGGUCUUGCACUUCGCAUUCGUGACGUGGGUUUGUCGGUUCUUAUCCCUCAUCGCUUUCCUCAGUCUAAUCAUCUCGGCUGGCACAAGCACAGGAACGUACGUUUACAUCAAAAAAGCCUUGGCGUCCACCUACGACACUUACGGGAUCAAGAUGAGCUUGGGAUUGAACUUCUACGCCCUAGUGUGGGCCAGUGUCGCUGCUGCUCUCUUAAAUCUGUUGUUUUUAUCUGUGGUGAGAUCAAAGCGUUACGCAUACGUUCGUCCGAUUGAGGAAAAACCUCUAGUCUAA